UUCGUAACUUUAAUUUCCUAUAAUGUAGUGGGCUACGUGUACAUAUAUUUUACCCUGUCUCUUUCGCUUUUGAACUUUGUAUAAUAGGCCUUUGGCACGUAAAAUUGACUAUCAAAUUUGUGAAUGGCGAAGUAACCGCAUAGUUUGGUCCCUUUCGCGACCCGUACUGACGACAUGCUUGUUUACUGUCACACAAACCACAUGGAGGACAAGUGUCAUGUCAGAGCAAGUGGAAAACUGACAGAUGACUUUCCAGAGAAUUCGCUUCUUUUUUGGGCUGGUGAAGGCUGGGAAACUGAGAUGCCGAAGUCAGUUUGCUGCCACUUUCCUCCCAAACUACCGCUGUCUGUACAAAACAGCAUGGCUGAGCGCAUGCACCGCUCAACCCACAGAAAGAAACGUUAUUCUGAUGGGUCCCCCAGGAGCCGGGAAGACCACGGUGGGUCGAUUGCUUGGCAAAAGGCUGCAUAUGCCCGUCAUCGACAUUGACGACCACGUGCUGGAGAAUGCAUGGCUCAUGCCCGUGGCGAAGAAACUCUCCCAGGUAGGAGGAGAUCGUUUUCUAGAGGAGGAGGGAGAGGCGGUGUGCAACUUCCAUGCUUCUGGAAGUGUGAUCUCACUCACUGGCUCCAACCCGCUCCACACUGCUGCCAUGCAACACCUGAAGAAAAACGGCCUGGUCGUAUACCUGGAUGUAGACACGGACGACAUCAUACAGAGACUCGCCAGGAUGAAGGUGAACAGAAUUGUGGGUCAGGAAGCCGGCACCCCCAUGGAGGACAUCCUAAUGUACAGGAAGCAGUUUUACGAGAGAUGGUUUGACACCAAGGUGCUUUGUGGUGUGGAGGAUGACGCAGAGGAGGUCACUGAGAAAGUUGUCGCAUCCCUCAGAAGGUAUCAGGACUCGGAUUCAGAGACGUUUGUCUCGACCAGGAGCAGUGUAUCUGGUCUGGGUGACAAAUCAGAAGACGAGCCUAAAUUCUUCAGCGAUGUCGUUGUGGAGGGACUGGCUCCCGACGGUGGGCUUUACGUCCCCAAAGGUGGAUUCCCCAAAUUGUCACCCAAGCAAUGGCAACGGCUGGCAAAGAUGCCUUACUGUGACAGAGCCUGUGCCAUCCUGGAGCAGUGCAUUCACCCAACAGACGUGUCUCCUCUGGAUCUCAGGCGCAUGGUCCAACGCGCCUACGGUGCCAACUUCUCCAGCGAAGCCAUUGCUCCCGUGAGACACCUGGAGCGUAACCAAUAUGUGCUGGAGCUGUUUCACGGCCCCACGGCCUCGUUCAAAGACCUGGCCUUGCAGCUGAUGCCCCAGCUGUUCGCCCACUGCCUCCCGCAGAUGUGCAACUACCUGGUCCUGGUGGCCACGUCCGGCGACACGGGCAGUGCCGUGCUGAGCGGCUUCGGCGGGCUGGACGAGGCGGCACGGAGCCGGGUGGGCGUGCUGGUGUUCUUCCCCGAGCACGGCGUGAGCCAGAUCCAGAAGCUGCAGAUGACGAGCAUCGGAAAGGGAAACAACGCAAGGGCUGUCAGCGUGCUGUCCGACUUCGACUUCUGCCAACGGUCCAUCAAGACGAUGUUCGGGGACGCGGCCAUGACGGGUCAUCUGGCAGUGGAGUACGCCGCGGUGCUCAGCACUGCCAACUCCAUCAACUGGGCCCGGCUGCUGCCUCAGGUGGUGUACCAUGCCUCUGCCUACCUCGACCUGCUCCGUGACGGCGUGCUGGGCCAGUUCGGAGACCCCGUGGACGUGUGCAUCCCCACGGGGAACUUCGGCAACGCCAUGUCCGCCCUGUACGCCAAGGACAUGGGCGUCCCCAUACGAAGGGUCAUCUGCGCCUCCAAUCUCAACUGCGUGGUGGCCGACUUCGUCCGCACGGGUCGCUACGACCUGCGAGGCCGGACACUCAUGACCUCCCACUCUCCGGCCAUCGACAUCCUCAAGUCCUCCAACCUGGAGAGGUUCCUCCAUCGGGCGUCGGGCGGAGACGGGGACCUGGUGAGGCAUCUGUUCACCAGCCUGGAGGAGCAGCAGCACUUCCAGGUGUCCCCGGAGCUCCUCCAGAAGGUUAACCAGGAUGUCCAGGCCGCCUGGUGCUCUGAAGAGGACUGCUUGGCCACCAUCCGAGAGGUGCAGUCCAGAACGGGCUACAUCAUGGACACCCACACGGCCGUGGCCAAAUCGGUAGCGGAUCGGCUGCAAGAGGAAGACUCCUCCACGGUGCCCCUUGUCAUCUGCUCCACGGCUCACUAUGGCAAGUUUGCUCCGGCUGUGCUGACGGCUCUUGGGGAGCACGGGGAGAGCGUCCCUGCGGAUCCACAGGAGCAGCUGCAGAGGUUCAGUUCGACGGGAGCGGUGCCAGAGAUGCACGGUGCCCUGUUCCAGUGCCUUAAAGAGAGCAGGAGUCAGCCGCACAGAGUGUGCCAGGCCGAUUUUCAUGUGCUGACAGAGGAGGUGGAAGCCACGAUACAGGGGUCAUUUCUGAAUGUGCAGUGAGCAUGCGUGAGUUAGGACUGUAUGCAUGGUGGUAGUGGUGCCUGCCUACUCACAUUUGCCCACUAGAUGGCUGUAUGUGUGUGUUGAAUGCAACAGGGACCACAAAUUGUAUUUGAGUGCUAAUCCAGUAAUCCCGAAUAGGAUGUUGUUUGUGACAAUUUCACGGGACAAUUUCAUAACCCAUUUGGAAAAGACAGAUAAUUCUCAGAUGGUUGAUAAAACAAUAUCAUCUACUUUUCAUGCCUUGCAACUCAACUAGCACACACAGAGGGCAGGCUGUCAUCAUGCUUUAGCGUAUGUAUCACACGGUAGUGCAUUCAUCGUGUUGGUGCGACGCAUUUUGAAGUUAAAGCGCGCUCUUCAAUGCAACGGUAAAGCGCAUUCAUGUAGUUUUGACACGUGACGAUGUUUGCACAGUUUUCCCGCCGUGUCGGCGAUUUUGUUUUGUCACAGCGCAUUUCUGUUUCUAAACGCAAAUAUGCUUUGCUGUGCCCUAACCAAAACCACCCCUAAACCUAACCUGUCAGUAAAGCAAUGUUUCUGCUGCUUUACUUUUGCCAAGAACAGCGAGAUUAGGCAAAUUUCUACCUAAAUUGUGCCUAAACCAAAACCAUCCCUAAACCUAACCUGUCACAGAGCGUUGUGGAGCACGCCUUAACUUGGAACUGCGUAUUGGACACACGUGAUAGUGGGUUCAAAUCAGCGUGUCAUAGAUACGCCUAUGCAUGAUGACAUGUUGCAUAGGGACGUGUGCUGUAAAAUGCUAUGGAGAGCUGCUAGUGGCCACUAGGUGGCAACAGCUAACCACAUUUUAAUCCUUGUCCUCUUCCGCCAAUCCUCUGCUUGCUAUAGACAGAUGCUUUAUUAUGUAUGUAUUCACAAGUGGAAGCGCAUCUUAUAGAUAUGACUGUAAGAGGCAUCAUUCAUUGAUGGAUUAAUCAAUCUGAAUGAUUUUUUACCAAAAUUUCAACCGGCUGUAAUAAUCUCAGUGGAUCUUAACUCACAUGCCCAGAUGUAGUUUCAUUCAUUUUUCAAAUCAUGCCCCAUGCUGUUUUAUUGCCAACUACAUCUCUUUCGAGACACUAAUGUAACAUUGGAAUGGGGGCUAAUAAGGAAAUUACCCAUAGUGUAAUGCAGAUUCUAAUUAGCAGACCUUAAUUAAGCAGGCAAGGGAACUGAUUGCCUGGAAAUGCCUUAAUUGGAAUUACAAUAUAAAGUUGAGCUUACAACCAGUGUUUAUAAACUCAUUUUUAACUUUCACCUGA